AUUCGCGAAAGGCUUGAAUUACUGAUUUGAAGCAGAAUGAAUACAAAUCCUUCUUUAAAACAGCUGGAAUGCAGAUAUGCCGGUCUAAAUGUCGACAAUCCUCAAUUAUGUCAAAAUGAAAGUUAGCGCAGUCGUUUAGUGAAAGCGGAUGUUGGAUACUUUUGUUUGAAAGACUCGCUUUAAGGUCACCUGGAGUUGCAAUGUGAACGGGCUGAGCGUGGAUUGGUGUACGGGAGUUUAGCGCGGUGUUGUUGGAAACGAGUGCAGGUCGUUCAGGUGGAGAGUGGGUGCCUGGGGAAAAGGAGCCGAUCCUGCGAUCACAGCUGAUGAGCAACAUGGAGGAUUGGUGUCGACAGCAUUACCUGAACGAUAACACAAUUAAUCAGCUAAAACACCAGGUGCUUUUCACACGUGAAGGCAUAAAUAGCCUGACCAGGAAUGACAUUGAAAACAUGAACAUAAGCUUGGGCCAGAAAACAGCAUUAAGACAUCUAUUAUGCUCAGAAAAUGCCCAAGCUAGGAUGAAGCAAAGCAAGAUUCCACAAACAGAUUAUAUCGAUUAUGGGUGGAUACACAACAUUACUGAACUCUUCAUUUUGUGUGACGGUUGUGGAAUAGACCCAAUUAUAGGCACCAGAUUUGUGUGCAACCAAUGUGACAAUUUUGACUACUGCUCUACCUGCUUUCACACAAGAAAUCAUAAAGACCAUUCAUUUGCCAGAAUUGAUUAUCCAGGGUCACAAUUAAUUUAUGUUGGAAGAUCAGGCAACAAAAUACCUCAACAGAAAGAUUUUUUACAGUAUUGAAAGAUAACCGUCAAGAUUUGAUGUAUUGAAUUAAAGACAAAACUAAUCAAUAAAAUAGAAGCUUCUGGGACAAUACCCAUGUUUAAAU